AAUCCGGCGUGCCAAACAAGUGAGCCUGCGUAUCAUCCAUACACUGCCGGAGUAUCGAAGUUUUUCUCCUAUCCAAUCACGUCCCAGCAGCGACGAGAGCACAUUUCUCGAGUAAAAUCCAUUCCCCAAAGGGCUAUCUUCUCUACCUUUCAUGGAAAUCACUACACUGCCAGCACUCUCCAAAACUCGCGUCCUACAGCCGUUUAUGUACCUCUCAUCCAAUCCCCACCGCUCCAUUCCACUUCUCCAUCCCAACAUCUCCCUCUCCUCGUCCUCCUUCCCAAACUGUAAGCUCAGGGUCAAACGCAGACCAUCGAUGGCGAUGCCUCUUCAAUCUUCCACCGUUGGAGCACCUAAUGAAGGGCUGGCGGUUUCUUCUUCUGGUCAGGUUGGGCAAAAUGAUCUGUUGAUUGUAGGGCCUGGUGUACUUGGCCGCAUAGUAGCAGAAAUAUGGAGACAGGAACAUCCAGGCUGUGAAAUAUUUGGGCAGACAAUGACGACGGAUCACCAUGAUGAAUUGAUAAAAAUUGGGAUAAACCCGUCAGUAAGAGAGUCGAACGCAACUCGCCAGUUUCCAUAUGUCAUUUUCUGUGCUCCACCAUCCCGAAGUGUGGACUACCCUGGUGAUGUGAGGGAGGCUACAUCAAGCUGGAGUGGUGAAGGUUCUUUCCUAUUUACAUCAAGCACUGCUGCAUUCGAUUGCAAUGACAAUGGAUCAUGCGACGAGGACUCUCCGAUAGUUCCAAUUGGGAGAAGUCCCCGGACAGAUGUCCUUUUAAAAGCCGAAAAUGCAGUGCUGGAGGUUGGCGGUUGUGUACUUAGAUUGGCCGGGCUUUACAAGUCAGAUAGAGGUGCCCACGUCUACUGGCUGGAGAAAGGGACUGUUGACACUCGUCCAGAUCAUAUACUCAAUCUUAUUCACUAUGAGGAUGCUGCAUCCCUCUCAAUUGCAAUUUUGAAGAAGAAGCUUCGCGGCCGUAUCUUUCUGGGUUGUGACAAUCAUCCUUUAUCAAGGCAAGAAGUAAUGGACUUGGUAAACCGAAGUGGAAAAUUCAGCAAAAAGUUCGUGGGUUUUACAGGCACUGCUGAUCCUUUAGGAAAGAGAGUGAAUAACUCAAAAACUCGUGCCGAAAUUGGAUGGGAGCCGAAGUAUCCAAGCUUUGCUCAGUUUCUUGGAUUGUCUGAAUAGGUUUUUCUGUUUUUCAUGGUUCUUUCAAUUUACAUGUAAAAUGACUUGGUUUUGGGAAACAUCAUUUAAUUUGUUGAGACAAUGCUUGCGUAACUGAAGGAUCUUCACCCUUUACAGCUGUGACAUUGUCCUUGUUUGUACUUUGUAAUGAGCAAUCUUUUCUGUUGUA